AUGCCCGAUACAAAACGCAUGAGAAAGGCUGAUAUUGGUAUCAAGCAAUCUGGUACGCCGGAUAUGGGCUUACCGGCAUUAGCAAUGAUUCCAUUGUGCAUGCUGUGCGUGGCGAUCGGCAUGUUCCUCAUCGGCUGUCUUCUGUGGUACGCAGAACGAUCGGAGAAUCAACGUGCGGCUUACUUCCUUGGUUUUCAGUUGGUUGCAUGCUCGUGCCUGGCCAUAGGCUUUACUCUGCAGUUGGUAGCAUCUGAGGAGAAGGGUGCUCCGGAAUCUGACAUGGCUCUUGGUACCUAG